AAGUUAAGCUGAUCAAAAAAUGUACUUUCCAGUUAUUGCAACUUUAAGUUGAAAGGUAUAAAUUUAGUUAUUGAAGUUGAGCAUCAAGACUCGGGUGAAGGUGUUCACACGGGCCUCAGGCCGUCAUUAUCCUUCUAUUUAACAAUAAUAUUAAGAGUGGAGGCCACGUGAAGCUCGCUGGGAUGAUCACUAGUAAGAAGACCGUAGAACUCUCUCUCAGGCACCUCAAAGAUCAAAAUUUCGGCAAGAUCCCGGAAGUCCAAAAUGAGGCUAUUCAGGCCCUGGCUGCUCCUCAUGUUGAGUCAUUUAACUUCUUCCUGGAGGAAGGUCUCCAGGCUCUUCUCUCAACCCUUCCUGCAUUAGAAUUUGAAAUGCUGAGUGGAAGCAGAAUUUCCCUGAUGGUGACCGAUAUUACGGUUGGAAAGCCCAGGCUACCACCUGGAGUUGCAGAAGUCUCAAACCUCGAUAUUUACCCUAAAGAAUGUGUUGAACGUGGUGGCUCAUACACUGCACCAGCCAGCGCAGUGAUAGAGUGGACUUGUGAUAACGAAGAAGUGUUAUCGUUCAGACAGUCACUGGGAGACUUACCUAUUAUGAUCAAAUCCAAGAACUGUAAUCUGCACAACCUGACUCCAGAGGAGCUAGUCAAGCAUGGUGAGCUAGUCAACGAGACUGGUGGCUACUUCAUCGUCAAUGGUGCUUAUCGAGUUCUAAGAAUGUUAUCAACAAACCGUAGAAACUAUCCUAUUGCCAUAACCAGAGACGCUUGGAAAAAGAGAGGUGCAGGUUUCACAGACAAGGGCCUCUUAAUGCGAUGUGUGCAGGAAGAUCAGUUCUCUUCAGUGAAUGAGCUUCACUACUUGACAACAGGAGGAGCCAAGCUCUCAUUUCUUUUGGGAAAACAGCUCUAUGUAAUACCACUUAUCAUGUGUCUAAAGGCCUUAAUGGAUUUAACUGACCAUCAGAUUUAUCUUCACCUUAUCAGGGGCCGUGAGACUGACAAAUAUUUUUCCGAAAAAAUCAAGAGCAUGAUGUGUGAGCUACAGAAAGAAGGACUGUAUACACAAGAUAUGUGUAGAGAAUACAUUGGAAAAUCCUUUCGUGAGAAACUUCUUGGUAUUGUACCGGCUUGGUAUAGCGAUGUACAAAUAUACGAUUACCUUUUUACGCACUGUGUGUUGAUUCAUUGCAAGUCCAACAUUGAGAAGUUUGAUACACUUUGCUUGAUGGCCAGAAAACUCUACUCCUUCAUCAGUGGAGAGAGCAAGGAAGAGUCUGUGGAUACAUUAAGUAUGCAGGAGGUCACUCUUGGAGGUCACACUUGCCUACAAUUGUUGAAAGAGAAACUGACAGCUCUACUAAAUUCUAUUAAAUUGCAGUUGAAAAUGCAGAACAAAAAAAUAGGCCCAAACUGGAUAUUAGAAGGCAAGGAUGUCAAAAGAGCUUCCAUGAAAGGCAGAAACAUUGGCCCACUGUUCAAAGCCUUCAUAGCUACUGGAACACUGCCAUCAAAGACAGGAUAUGGACGUAUGCAGACCACAGGUUUGACUGUGAUAAUGGAACAUCUAAACAGAAUGAGAGACUUGUCUCAUCUCCGUGCAAUACAUCGAGGUGCCUACUUCAUGGGGACGAAAACAAUUCAGCCUCGCAGAUUGACUGGAGAGGCAUGGGGCUUCAUCUGCCCAGUGCAUACACCUGAUGGGGCACCGUGUGGCCUACUGAAUCACUUGGCACAAAACUGCAUAGUUCUCAAUCAUACUCCUAAGAGCCCUUCAGCUUUAGGCCUAGCACUGACUAAACUUGGAAUGACACCAAUUCAUAGCUCUCCUUUAGCUCCAUAUGCUGAGUGCUUAGAAGUGGUUAAAGAUGGCUGUUUGAUUGGCUAUAUCAGAAGAGAUGAAUCUGAGGAAUUUGCACAGAAACUUAGAAUAAUGAAAACUCAAGAAGAGAUCUUUAAGUAUACUGAAAUAGUACUCAUACCAAAGCGGAUGUAUGGAGGGCAGUAUCCAGUUUUUUUGGUGACAUCUGUAGGAAGAAUGAUGCGGCCAGUGAUCAACCUUCAGACGUACACCAUUGAGUAUAUUGGCACACUAGAGCAGCUCUAUCUUAAUGUGGCUGUUACUCCUGAAUAUAUUGAGCAAGGGGUUCAUACACACCUUGGAGUAGACAAGACAUCUAUAUUCAGCAAUGUUGGCAAAUUUGUACCAUUUUCUGACUGCAACCCCAAUCCUCGAAACAUGUAUCAGUGUCAGAUGGGUAAACAAGCAAUGGGAACCCCAUUCCACAACUGGAGAAGUCAAACUACUGGGAAAGUAUAUCGACUACAGUAUCCACAGGUGCCCUUGGUCAGAAACUCACACUAUGAUGACAUGAACAUGGAAGAUUUCUGUAUGGGCUUCAAUGCUGUUGUUGCCAUAGUUUCAUACACUGGAUAUGAUAUGGAAGAUGCAAUGGUUCUGAAUAAAUGUUCAAUGGAGCGUGGCCUGGGACACGGUCAGAUAUACAAGACAGAGUUUGUAGACUUGACCUUGCUUCAGGAAAGGCUCAAAGUAAAUCCUAAUGAGGUUAUUCAUGUAUUCAGAAGAAAUCCAGACAUACUUCAACAGAAAUUGUUUUUAGACAGUAAUGGACUUCCUUACCCAGGAACACAGCUCACUGAUGGUGAUCCAUAUUAUUGUGUGUACGAUCUUCGCCAAAGAAGCUUUAAUGUCACAAUAUACAAAGGUGAAGACUGUGUUGUGGAUAAAUACUCCAUCAUGGCUGCCACUCUCAAUACUGGGGAGUGUCAACGAGUCAGCAUAACAUUAAGAAUCAAGAGAAAUCCCAGUAUAGGAGACAAGUUUGCCAGCCGUAGUGGUCAGAAAGGCAUUAUGAGUCGCUUGUAUCCUGCUGAAGAUCUUCCUUUUUCUGAACGAGGCAUAAUACCAGACAUCAUCUUCAACCCUCAUGGUAUUCCUUCCCGUAUGACUGCAGGGAAGCUGUUAGAGCUUGUUGCUGGCAAGUCAGCAGCGGAGUUUGGUAAAUCAUUUGACUCAACACCAUUUGAGUUUUCUGACGAAAACCCUGCUGUUGAUUACUUUGGAAAAAUAUUGGAGAAAGGUGGCUUCAAUUACUAUGGUGAAGAUGUCUUGUAUAGUGGUAUAGAUGGCCGGAUGCUGGAAGUGGAAAUAUUUGAAGGCAUUAUUUACUACCAACGUUUGCGACACAUGACAGCCGAUAAAUGGCAGGUUCGAGCCACUGGUGCUGUUGACUUAGUAACUCGGCAGCCAGUGAAAGGUCGUAAAAGAGGAGGGGCAAUCAGGUUUGGAGAGAUGGAGAGGGAUUGUCUCAUCUCUCAUGGUGCCGCCUAUACCUUGAAGGAUCGUCUUCUAGAUUGUUCUGACAUCUCUGUGGAAUGGGUGUGUGAGAAGUGUGGUGGGAUACUGUCUCCAUCAGUGAGUUUGUCGGGAGGAACUCGCUUCUAUGGGAAGAAGCAGCCAGCAUGUGUGUUGUGUGGACCUGAUGCCAGUGUUCGCCAGCUGCACCUGCCUUACUCCUUCAAGUAUCUGGUGGCUGAGCUGGCAAGUGUGGGUAUCAAGACCAACCUGGGACUCCACUCUGCUGAUGACAUCAUCUCAGAACCCAGCCUAAGCCCUUAUUCUUAAUAUGAGUCUUCUCUGUGGUGCUCAGAAUUUAUUGAGCUAUAUAGAUUUAGUUAAGUAAAGCACCAAGCCUGUGAGAGAGAGAAAAAGAGAUAGAGAUCUAUCUCUAUCUCUUUUUCUCUCUCUCACAGGCUUGAUAGAUAGAUAGAUAGAUUCAGCACAAGAAGUUGUGGUGGAAGCUCGAUCCUCCAUCCACCACUUGUAAGAAAUGCACUGUUUUAUUAUACUCAAUUACCAGUAGUUAUCCUUACAAUGCAGGUAUUUCAUUCUGUCAAUAGUUCUGGUCCAGGAUUAGGCAGCUCAUCCUCAUGCACUAAAUUACUAAUAGUUUUACUUUUCUUCAUAAAAAUUGUUCAGAAAUGCUUCAUUAUUGAUGAAAUGUUAAGAUCAUUCAAAGGUUUAGCCCCUCCAUUCCUAAGAAAAACUGUGAAAUAGUGUUAAGUAGUUGUUUAUAUGUCAGUUUUGUAUUAUGCACCAAAACCUUGCUAAAAUAUAUGCAAAAAAUAAA